UCCGGAGACCAGCCCGCGGAGUGCACGUGGAGUGCGGCCCCUGAGAUUAAGGGGUACGGUAGCCCGAGCCCGUUUUCGGGACCAUGGGGCGCAAGUUGGACCCUACGAAGAAGGAAAAGCGUGGGCCCGGCCGAAAAGCUCGCAAACAGAAGGGUGCUGAGACAGAGCUUGCCAGAUUCUUACCUGCAGAUGCUGACGAAAGUUCUAAGAGGCUGUCUAGUCGGGCUAGAAAGAGGGCGGCCAAGAGGAGGUUGGGCUCUGCUGAAGGCCUGAAGUCGAACAAGUCCCCUGGGGCCAAACCGUUGCCUGGAAAGCUGCCCAAAGGAGCUGUCCAGACCCAGGUGUCUGGCAAGAAGGGAGCCUCGCCAGUGCGUGCUGUUGGUUACGGCGGGAAGCGCCCGGCGCCGUCCCCUAGCAGUGAUGAAGACGAGGAGGAGGAGGACUCUGAAGGUGGUGUGGUGAGCCAGGGACUCCUCUGGGGCUCGGAGGACAGUGAGGCUGACAUGGUAGACGACUACGGCGCCAACUCCCGCUCCGAAGGAGAAGAGGAUGGAGGGGAAGAGCUGCUGCCCAUUGAAAGGGCUGCCCGGAAGCAGAAGGCUCAGGAGACUGAUUUGGGAAGCCUGUGGAGUGAAGAGGAGACUGAUGAAGAGGAGGGCGCACCAUCCGCGGAGCCAGGCCCCACCAAGGAUGAUGAGCAGGAAGGGGAGCUGCAGAUCAAUGUGGAUGAGGAGGAGCCCUUUCUGCUGCCCCCUGCUGGGGAGGCGGAGCAGGGUGCGCAGGCUGCAGACCUGCAGCGAGUUCAUAAGCGGAUCCAGGAUAUCGUGGGAGUGCUGCGGGAUUUUGGCAAGCAGCGGGAAGAAGGCCGGUCUCGUUCUGAAUAUUUGAGCCGCCUUCAGAAGGACCUGGCCGCCUACUACUCCUAUGGCGACUUCCUGCUUGGCAAGCUCAUGGACCUCUUCCCGCUGUCUGAGCUGGUGGAGUUCUUAGAAGCUAAUGAGGUGCCUCGGCCCAUCACCCUCCGAGCCAAUACUCUGAAAACCCGGCGCCGAGACCUGGCUCAGGCUUUAAUCAAUCGUGGUGUUAACCUGGAUCCCCUGGGCAAGUGGUCGAAGACCGGCCUGGUAGUCUAUGACUCUUCGGUGCCCAUUGGUGCGACGCCCGAGUACCUGGCUGGGCACUACAUGCUGCAGGGGGCCUCCAGCAUGCUGCCUGUCAUGGCCUUGGCGCCCCAGGAGCACGAGCGGAUCCUGGACAUGUGCUGCGCCCCUGGAGGGAAGACCAGCUACAUAGCCCAGCUCAUGAAGAACACAGGGGUGAUCCUUGCCAACGACGCCAACGCAGAGCGGCUCAAGAGUGUCGUGGGCAACCUGCACCGCUUGGGAGUCACCAACGCCGUCCUCAGCCACUACGACGGGCGCCAGUUUCCCAAGGUGGCCGGGGGCUUUGACCGAGUGUUGUUGGAUGCCCCCUGCAGUGGCACUGGGGUCAUCUCCAAAGACCCUGCUGUGAAGACUAACAAGGACGAGAAGGACAUCCAGCGCUGCGCUCACCUUCAGAAGGAGCUGCUCCUGAGUGCCAUCGACUCUGUCAAUGCCACCUCCAAGACAGGAGGCUACCUUGUCUACUGCACCUGCUCGGUCAUGGUGGAGGAGAAUGAGUGGGUGGUAGACUAUGCUCUGAAGAAGAGGAACGUGCGGCUGGUGCCCACGGGGCUGGACUUCGGCCAGGAAGGUUUUACCCGCUUUCGAGAAAGGCGCUUCCACCCUACUCUGCGUUCCACCCGCCGCUUCUACCCUCACACCCACAACAUGGAUGGCUUCUUUAUUGCCAAGUUUAAGAAGUUCUCCAAUUCCAUCCCCCAGUCCCAGCCAGCCCCAGGCGAUUCUGCAGCCGCCGCUCCUGCGACCGUAGCCUUGCCGGCCCUGAAUGGUCAGGCCACCCCCAAGGCUGAGAACAGCAGUGAGCCGGCCAAGAGGGCCAGAGUUGCUGGGAAGGCCAAGCAGAAGCAGAAACAUCCCAAGAAGGCCUCCUUCCAGAAGCAGAACGGCAUCUCCAAAAGGACCGACUCAGAAUUACCCACUGUCCCUUCUGUCACAAAGGCCCAAGCAUCCUCCCAGCUCCAGAAUAGCGGUCCACCAGCUGAAAAUGCUCACCUUACCAGGGAACCAAGGGCACCUGGGAAGCUAACACAGCGGUCCCCGAAACCGAGAGCGCCCAAGAAAGGCGCCGGGCGGAAGCAGAAUGCUCCUGCCAUGGGCUCAGACCCCCAAACACCUGCUUGGCUGUCCUCCAAGACCCAGGCUGCCCCCAACUCUGAGGACCAAGGUCAGCCCCCUGAGAGGGCCAGAGGGGCUGAGCAGAGGAAGCAGCCAGUGCCAAGGCCGUCUUUGAAGAAAGCUGCCUUCCGGAACCAGAAUGGCACACCUAAGGGUCCUCAGAGUCCCCUCAUGCACCCCCGCAGCCCCAGCCGACCCCCACCGGCAAAGAGGAGGAAAUGGCUGCCCAGGGGCAGUAGGCAGCCGCCUCCAGAAGCAGACAGUUGAAAAGUAGACUGGAAUGGCUCCUUGCCGACAUCACUGGGUUGGAAUUCUUACCUCUGUGAGGAUGCCUUGCCACUGUACACGCACGACAUUUAAUAGACGUUUUAUAAUCUC